AUGGCAGCGUGGGCGAACCAUAACAGAGAUGUGGCAGAGACCCUUCAAGGUUUAUUGGAAGCAUAUGAUUUGGGGGGAGGCAGCACGAUAUACAACAUGGUGUCCCUACGAGCCUCAUUUGCCCAAACUAUCCCUUUUGAUAAUCCACACUUCCACCGCCACUUUUCCAUUUUCGCCACCGAGGCUUUGGCCAAAGACCUCAGAGCUAACCGAUUCGUGUAUCCAAUCGGAGGUCAGCCACCUGACCCAGCUUUACCUAUCCAAGACACAAUGCCCUAUAUCUACCCCGUCCACUUGCUUCAGAACUUACGCCCCAACGAUCAGCCGGAAGAAGAUGGAGGACAAGGAGCCCGAAGAGGACUGAGGCGUGAUAUGCCGGGAGAAGGUCUUGAAGGCAGAAGAGAGGAAGGAGGAGGAGGACAACCUGGACAAGAGGAAGAGAACAGGGGAACAGGCGAUGGUCCCGAAGGAAACAACAAAAGGAGCUUGGACGACAAUUCCUCAGACGACAGUUUCCAAGUAUCGAACCCUACCUCUUCUGCAUCUCAUGUUUUCACUUUCAUCAAAACUGCUAAAGCGGACGAACAAGUCCUGCCGCCAGAAGCGAAAGAGAUCACGAAGUUGGUUCUGGAAUACAGAACCCACGAUCUCAACGCAGCUGUCCUCGCGUUUUGCUGGAGGUCAGGGAAACACCACGAUUUUCCCGACGCAUUGGUCAGAGACCUCCUGCAGUAUAAGUUCAUCGAUUUGGAGAAAAUCAACGCAGGGCCAACAGCGUGCAAGUUUGAUGUGUACUCCAAAAAGGACAGCGACCCAGCUUCGAAAAUCAAACCCAAGCCUUUUAAAGAAGCCACAGAGUGGCGCGACGCGGUUUCACUGUCGUAUCCUAGCCAUACCAACGCGGCCAUACCGCUUUAUAUCAUACCUUCACGCAUGUUAACUGUGGGCUACGCCUUUCGCGCUCUGCCGGGGGAUGUUUUUGUUCCGCAGGAUUGUGCAAAGGAUUCCUUCAGGAAAUACGACAGGCAUCUUAGGGAAAUGGAGAAAACCUUUAGAGACAAUGCCAAGCUGACAUUCUCGUGCGCGAUGCGUCCUCAUACACAGGGCAAUUGGUGCAUGGUCGUCAAAUACGACAUACAACUACGCGAAGCGUUCGCCACACGCAGACACCUGUCCUUUGCGGAUUUCGCCAAGGACGAACUUUCUCACCUCAAACACCUGGCACUGGCAGGGAGGGAUGAACAGCAUUCCUCGCACCAAGCCUCAACGUCUGCAUCAGGCUCUACAUCGUCCGCUUACGUGGCUCGCUCGGCUUUGUCGAAGCCUCGGCCCGAUAAGAAGCAACGUACUGAAUCGCCUUGGGCAGGAAAGGUCAAAGAUACAUCGAGCUACCCUCGAAAACAACAAAUAUGUGGAGGUUGGAAUCUCGUAGGUUCCGCAUUACACAUACCCCCCCCCCACCCCUCCCCUCGAGGGAUACCCAACCUCUAA